AUGCGCGAGAUUGUACACCUUCAAGUCGGCCAAUGUGGCAAUCAAAUCGGAACAAACUUUUGGCAAACUGUUUCUGGUGAACAUGGGAUCGACUUGGAUGGAGCAUACAAUGGUAUAUCGGACGUUCAACUAGAGCGACUCAACGUCUACUUCAACGAAGCAAGUCACUUUUACACCGCCUCACAAAGACAAGGCCCGCUAAAUGUCCUCAUCGACUUGGAGCCUGGCCCCCUGGAUAGCAUCCGCGCCGGGCCUAUGGGGCAACUGUUUCGCCCUGACAACUUUGUCUCGGGGGCUGAUAGCGCCGGAAACAACUGGGCUAAGGGACAUUAUUCGGAAGGUGCUGAGAUUGUCGAUGAGGUUGUUGAUGUGGUGAGAAGAGAGGCUGAAGGUUGCGAGCACCUUCAGGGCUUUCAGCUCUCCCACUCUCUCGGCGGAGGCAGUGGCUCAGGAAUGGGCACCCUCCUGCUCGCCAAGAUCAAGGAGGAAUUCCCUGACCGCAUGAUCGCCACCUAUUCAGUUCUCCCAUCACCAACCGUUUCCAACACGGUUGUUGAACCAUACAACACCACCUUGGCCCUAAACCAGCUCAUCGAAAACUCUGACGAAACGUUUUGCCUCGACAACAAGGCCCUCGUCGACAUCUGUACCAGGAGCCUCAAGAUCGCCACCCCGUCCUACUCGGACCUCAACUUUCUGAUCGCCAAGGUCAUGGCGGGCGUAACGACGUGUUUCCGCUUCCCGGGUCAGCUCAACUCGGAUCUUCGCAAGAUGGCCGUCAACAUGAUUCCGUUUCCUCGACUGCACUUCUUCAUGGUUGGAUUUGCACCGCUUAUGAGCCGGGAUAGUCGGUCGUUUCAGCAUCUGACUGUGCCCUCGCUUACGCAGCAGAUUUUUGAUCCGAAGAACAUGAUGGCGGAUUCUGAUUUCCGCAAUGGAAGAUAUCUUGCCUGCUCUGCUAUUUUCCGUGGCCGUCUGUCAACCAAGGAAAUCGAAGACCAGAUGCUCAACGUGCAAUCCAAGAACUCUUCGUAUUUUGUCGAUUGGAUCCCCAACAAUGUACAAACCGCGCUGUGCUCCGUACCCCCACAGGGACUCAGCAUGGCAGCCACCUUCGUGGGCAACUCGACCGCUAUCCAGGAAGUGUUCAAGCACGUAGCGGACCAAUUCUCAGCCAUGUUCCGCCGCAAGGCCUUCCUGCACUGGUACACGGGCGAAGGAAUGGACGACAUGGAAUUCACGGAAGCAGAGUCUAAUAUGCACGACUUGAUAUCCGAGUAUCAGCAGUACCAAGACGCCAGCGCUGACGAUGAGGCUGCUGAAUACGAAGAGGAGGAAGUUGCCGCUGAGUGA